AAAAAGAAACAAAGAUAGAAAACUGAAAGCCCCCCAUUAUACUCAAACCACCAAAAGCUAGGUAGUUCAACUCCAAUGCUAAUACCUCCUUGUGUCCCUUGUUCUUUUUCCUUCUUUUGAUGCUCUCUCUAAUUCCUUCCUCUAUCAAACCCAACCUUUAAGUUCUGAUAGGGCCCAUUUGUCAAUAAUGGGUGACAAAGGAGACACCUCCAAGAAGCAACCUCAACAGCAACAAACUCAGUCUCAUCAACACCAACAACAACAGCAACAAAUUUCAUCUUCACCUCAAGCCACAAGAGAUGAAUGCAUCCCAGAAGGAAGGCCAAUCCAUCCUGUUGUAGUGGUUAGUGGAGGUUCCCCUUUCAUUUCAAGCCCUCUAUAUGUCCCAAGUGGUGCAAGUUCCUCACCCUUUGAGCAGCAAUUUGAGACACUGAACUCAAAGAGACCCAGAUACAGCGGACAAUGGAAACUUCUACCAUCUCCAUCUCCACCUCAACAACAAAAACAACCCCAAAUGGCCAUGCUUCCUGUUGAAUCAAGUCCUUCACCACAAAAACAACAACAACCCCAAACCCACACUGCAGCUGCAGCUUCUUCUUCCGACACCACCUCGUCUCCGAGCCACUCUCCGGCCCCUUUGCUCUCAGUAGGUUCAGGCCAAGAGGGAAACAACAAGCAAGAGGGAGAGCAAGUUCACCAGCAGCUCAGAAAAGGGAAGUAUGUGAGCCCAGUUUGGAAGCCAAAUGAAAUGUUGUGGCUAGCAAGGGCAUGGAAGGAUCAAUAUCAAGGUGGGUCUGAUGGGUCAACUAGUUCAAGAGCAGAGCAACAGCAACAAGCAGAGUUUGGAAUAGGAAUAACCAGAGGCAAAACUAGGGCUGAUAAAGACAGAGAAGUUGCUGAUUUUUUAAGGAGGCAUGGGGUGAACAGGGAUGCUAAGACUGCAGGGACUAAAUGGGACAACAUGUUGGGGGAGUUCAGGAAAGUGUAUGAAUGGGAAAGAGGGGGGGAGAGAGAUCAUAUUGGGAAAAGCUACUUCAGGCUCUCACCUUAUGAGAGAAAGCUUCACAGGCUCCCAGCUUCUUUUGAUGAAGAGGUUUUUGAAGAGCUUUCUCAGUUUAUGGGGUCCAGAAUGAGAUCCUCCACUCAUGGCAGAGCUGGUUCCUCUUUUGGAGAUGAAGCUAGGAUAAGACCUCUUCCACCACCACCUAGACCUUUCAAAGAAGAUGAGAUGACCCCUUUCUCAGGUAGGACAAAGCAAAUUUCUAUGACAAGUGGGGGUGAUCAAGCUUUUUUCCAUGGUCAUAGAGGAAGCAGUUUCUUAGGGUUGGACACUCUCUUAGAUAUUCCAUCCCCUUCUUCUUCUUCUUCUUGUAAAGAAUUAAGAAGAAUUGGGAAGAUAAGAAUGACAUGGGAGGAAUCAGUGAGCUUGUGGGGUGAAGAAGGUGAGAUCCACAGAGGGCGUGUGAGGCUUCAAGGCUUGAGCUUUCUGAAUGCAGAGGAACUCACUUGCUUUGAUGAUGCAAUGGUUCCUUGUCCAUUGGAGUGUUUCGAAGAUGGUCCUCUGAGAGGGUUCUCAGUUGACAGAUUCGUUUCGGGACAGCAAGUUAAGGUUUUUGGCAGGAGAAAAUCUUCUCCAGGCUCUGGUUCUCCUGGUACCAAUCAAAAACCGUUGCUUAACUAUCUUCAAUUUUACUAUUCUCUUGCCACAUUGGACUUCCGGGAUCCAACUGACCACUACAUGGACUGCCUCAUGCGUCUAGCACCGCCACAAACCCUCCCAACCUUGUUCGAGCUGAAACGCUACUUGCUAGAGCCACCACCUGAAGACUUGCGCUUCCCACUCAGAAAAGAAGUCUUCGAUGACUUGCCACAAGGCAAAGAACUCUUCUUCACAACAACAACCUCAGAACCACCCUUGGAUUGCAGAUCCAUCAUCUAUGACAUCGUAGGCCCUAUCAUCCGCAACCACAACAACAACAACAACCCUACUCUACCUAGCAGUAGAGACUCCUUCAUUCCCCUAUGGGAUGAUUGCAUCAACAGAAUUGUCUCAAGAUUCUGCCCUGACGAAUUGGUCAUAACUAGAAAACCCACAUCACCAUUCUCAUCAUCAUCCUCAUCAUCCCCAUCACAGGACAUGCUAUUGCAAGAUCAAUGGCCUAAUGUGACAGGCUUCAUCAACAGCUAUUGCUUGUGGAGAGGUGAAGAAACGGUUCAUGUCAAACAAGGUCAACCAGACCCGUCCUCCACCCUCAUCAGCAAGCUACACUGGACCUACAUGGAUCUCCCUUACAUGUUAGGCUACUAUGCUGUUGGCAAAACGGUGACAUUUUGUGCGCUCAGUACAUCGUCGGACGCAAACGGAAUAAUCAACCGCACCGAUUUACUCGAGAUGAAUCUAGCAACACCCUCUGAUCGGCUCAAGGCAAUGGUUCCGUGCUUUCGGAUCGGUUUGUUGCUACAUCUCUUGAGUAAGCGGUGUUUGAGUAUAGGAAAUUGUUACAGCGAUUUCCAAAGGGUGUACUCGGAUCAUGGGGUGGUUACUGAGAUGACGCCAAACACGUGCACAAGGGUGUUUUCAGAAAAGAGAAAAUGGGCGGCGGUUAAGGAGGUUUAUGAGAUUUUGGAUCAUAGGAUUCCCCAUGCGGAGUUUCUGCUCAGGGUGGAGGAGAACGAGUUGGGAUUGGUGUUUAAGCCGAGAGGGCGCUGGGGGAAGCCGGUGAACUGCAAGGAGCUCGUGGAAGCGCUGAAGGCGGUGACGAAGGCACUGGUGGCGUUGCACGACUUGUCGUUUAUGCACAGGGAUUUGAAUUGGGAGAAGGUUAUGAGGAGGAGUGAUAGAGAAGGGGAGUGGUUUGUGUCCGGGUUUGAUGAGGCUGCCAGCGCGCCGGAACUCAAUAAGUAUGUAAAAUUGGGUGGUGAUGCGGCGGCGCGUGGAUAUCACGCGCCGGAGAUGGAGAGAGGGUUGCAUGGGGUGAAGGUGGAUGUGUGGGGGGUGGGGUAUCUGAUUAGGACGUGUGGGGUUGCUGCGGUGCCAAAGAUGCUGAGGGAGUUGCAGGGGCGGUGCAUGGAGCAGAACCCUGAGCAGAGGCCCACUGCUGCCGACUGUUACCACCACCUGCUGCAGCUGCAGUCGUCGCUGUCUGCUGCCGCCGGUGGAGCUUUGAUGUGAUUGACGUGAAUGCAUUGUUAAGUGUUAUUGUUAAGAGUAUUCAGAACAAUAAUGUUUGGGGUUGGUUGUUGGGGUGCUGUUUUGAAAAGGGUCAUCAGGGUUUCUGAGAUACUUUUGGCAUUGGAGACUGAGAAUUCAGAAACAAAAGUGAACAAAUUGACGGCCAUUUUUUAAAGAUAUCUAGUAUUUUGAA